AUGGCUCUUGCGCGUGCUCCGUUACGGGGUCUCACCCAGAUUUCUCGCCGCUUCUACUCGGGAGCACCCUCGCCCGCGGCCAAACUAAACCUGCCGAUUGACUACAAAUCCACACCGAUUUUGCAUCACACACCGUCUUCAUUAUCCGAAAUCUCCGAGUUCCCAGCAGCCGCCACGAGCAAACGAUUGAAUUUCUUUCAGGCUAUUAACUCAGCCCUCCGAACUGCUCUAUCCACCUCCGAUAAGGUCUUGCUCUUCGGCGAAGAUGUCGCGUUCGGGGGAGUAUUCCGAUGCUCGAUGGAUCUGCAAUCCGAGUUCGGGUCAGAUCGAGUUUUCAAUACCCCUUUGACAGAACAGGGAAUCGCUGGGUUUGCCAUUGGUGCUGCUGCAGAAGGCAUGAAGCCCGUGGCCGAGAUCCAAUUUGCCGACUAUGUCUUCCCUGCAUUCGACCAGAUCGUGAACGAAGCUGCCAAGUUUCGGUAUAGAGAAGGUGGAACGGGGAUCAACGCGGGUGGCUUGGUGAUUCGAAUGCCAUGCGGCGCGGUGGGACACGGCGCAUUAUACCAUUCUCAAUCACCUGAAUCUCUUUUCGCACACAUCCCCGGCCUGCGGGUUGUCAUACCCAGAUCACCAUCUCAAGCUAAAGGGCUGCUUCUUUCAUCCAUUUUCGACCACAAUGAUCCCGUCAUCUUCAUGGAACCCAAGAUCCUCUACCGAGCAGCAGUGGAGCACGUCCCGAACGAAUAUUAUACCAUUCCCUUGAGCAAAGCCGAGGUCAUCAAGCCCGGCAAAGACAUCACAAUCAUCUCGUACGGCCAGCCGCUCUAUCUUUGCUCCGCGGCCAUCUCCGCCAUCGAAAAGACCAUGAAAGGGGUGAACGUGGAGCUGAUCGAUCUUCGCACCAUCUACCCCUGGGAUCGUCAGGCAGUGCUCGAAAGUGUGCGAAAGACAGGGAGGGCCAUUGUGGUGCACGAGAGUAUGAUCAACUACGGCGUGGGUGCCGAGGUUGCAUCAACCAUCCAAGAGGGAGCCUUCCUACGUCUCGAGGCCCCUGUCAAGCGGGUUGCAGGAUGGAGCACACAUACGGGAUUGUCAUAUGAGCAGUUCAUUUUGCCUGACGUGGCGAGGAUUUACGACGCGAUCAAACAAACCCUUGAAUAUUGA